AUGCACCUCCGCACUAGUGACACUCGCUACCGUGCUGCGCUUCCUGCUGAGUUCUGCGCCAAGAACCCCCCCCCUAUGUACAUCACCCUCUACUACAUAGUCACCCGGCUCCCUGACUCUCUCCGCGUAGUCAAGGACCACUUCCUCUCAGUUUGCCCAACCACACUCACCGUUGACCUCCUUGAGAAGGGCCUCCUAGCAGCAGAGAAGAGCAUAGUCGCUGUAGGAGCCUCUCGUGGUGACCCUCGCACCCCCGUCUUUGAGGGUCGGUCGGCGCUGCGUCUGCCCCGAGCGCGAGACACCGCAUCAACAAGGGCAAGGGGGGCAAGGGCGCUGGAGGGGCUGGCGGGGGCGGUGGAGGUGGCGGUGGAGGCAGUGGAGGGGGUGCAGGUGGUGGUGGGAGUGGUGGCGGGGGUGGAGGUGUCGGUGGCAGCAGUGGAGGCGGAGGAGGCGGCGGCGGUGGCGGAGGGAGCGGGGGCGGCGGAGGUGGGGGAGGCGGCGGAGGCGGCGGAGGUGGCGGAGGCGGCGGCGGCAGCAGUGGACCUGGUCACAGCUCUGCGCAGAGGAGUGGUUCCGGUGGUGGUACGCGCCAGCAGCAGCAGCGCAGUCGUGAGACCCGGUCCCCUCAGCAGCUUCGUGAGUGGUACGCUGCGCGUCAGCGCGCGUGCUGCUCUAUGUGCUGGCGAGGCUGCUGCUGUAGGUGCUAGCGCGUCUGCUGCCCCAGGUGCUGGUGAGUGUGCCCUCUCAGGUACCACGUCGGCUCAGGCCUUACACACCUUCACCCUUGACUCGGGUGCUUCCCGCUCCAUCUUUCGGGACCGCACCACACUUACGCCGCUUAGUCGGCCUGUUGCAGUCUCUUUGGCGGACCCCUGUGGGGGUCCUGUCCUCGCUCGCUUCUCCACUAUCUUACCGUGUCCGGCAGUCCCCUCUGGCACCCUGUCAGGUCUCUACCUCCCCUCGUUCUCUACGAACUUGGUGAGUGGAGCGGACCUACAGGAUAGGGGGGUUGACCAGUUCACUCCUGCGAGUCAGUGGGUGACCCACUGCACAUGUGCUCGGACAGGCCGACACUUGGCCACGUUCACCCGUCGGCCAGGGUCGAGCCUGUACACCCUCAGUACUAAGUCUCCUCCGGCUGCUGAGCCUGGUCAGGUCGCUGCGUCGAGUCAGGUGUUUGCUGCAGCGUCCAGGUCUGGUCCUGAGUCUGCUCCCUGCUCGUGUCGUCUCCUGUCUCACCAGACUCUCCUUUGCCACCACCGCCUUGAUCACCCCUCUCUGCCUCGUCUCCGAGGCAUGGCCUCCCGUGUCCUUGUCUCUGGUCUCCCCCUGUCUCUUUCUCCUCUACCUCCGGGGCCUGCCCCUAGCUGCGUCCCCUGCGUCGAGGGGCGAGUGUCAGUAGAACUACACUUUGAGAUCCCCGAUUGA